GGUGUAUGUAUGUAUUAUGUUCUUCCUGCUUGUGAACGCAUCGUCACCCUCUUGACACAUUUCAUUCCCUCACAGAGAACGCUCCCCGAGACCCAAAAAAAAAAAAAAAUCGCCAUUUUUGUUCUCUUCCAUUUCCCUCGUAAGUAUCUCCCCCUCUUCUUCUUCAUCGUUCCAUGAAUCUGUCGAUAAUCUAUCGAUGACCCAAGAGGCCACUUGCCACGAGCCACCUCAUCAUUCUCAUGACGCAAAACCCUCCGCCUCACUCGCCUCGUCGGAUCUCGAUCCGCCGUGUCCUCAUCGUCGGGAACUACUGCCACGACGUCCUCAUCCAAAACGGAUCCGUCGUCGCCGAAACCCUCGGCGGCGCCGCCUCCUUCAUCUCCAACGUCCUCAAUGCUUUGUCUCUCUCCUGCGAUUUGACCUCCAAAGUCGGCUACGACUUCAAGUACGCCGUUAAUCACGCCCCUAUUGUCGCUCCGGCGAAGCACACUACCGUUUUCGAGGCGUAUUUCGAUAUGGGCCUCGACGGAACAGGGCGACCCGAUCGGGUCCUGAAACGGGUUCGUGCAUGCGACCCGAUUUUCCCGUCUGAUCUCCCCGACGCAAGGUUUGAUUUCGGGAUGGCUGUAGGCGUCGGCGGAGAGGUUCUGCCGGAGACACUUGAGAAAAUGGUGGAGAUAUGUGAUGUCGUGUCUGUAGACAUUCAGGCUCUGAUCAGGGAUUUCGAUCCCGUCGACGGAACCGUAAAGCUCGUGAAUCUGAAGGAAAGCGGGUUCUAUCACAUCUUACCGCGAAUUGGGUUCUUGAAGGCUUCGUCGGAAGAAGCCCUUUUCGUGGAUGUAGAACAAGUGAAGCAGUGGUGCUCUGUGGUGGUGACUAAUGGUAAAGAAGGGUGUAGGAUUUAUCACAAGGAUGAGGAGACGGCGGUUCCACCAUUUCCGGCGAACCAGGUGGAUCCUACCGGCGCCGGAGAUAGUUUCCUCGGCGGGUUUGUGGCGGGGCUGGUGGAGGGGUUGGCCGUCGCUGAUGCUGCAUUGUUAGGGAACCUCUUUGGUUCCGUCACCGUGGAACACAUUGGCCUUCCCAAGUUCGAUCUGAAGAUGCUUCAGAAAGUAAAAGAUGAGAUACAGAAGAGGAGGAUGCAAUGUAGUACUUGCAAUGGACAAAAGGAGAAUCAUGAAGGGGUGGGAGUGAGGAACCCAUCUGGGCUGGCCGAGUUCAACAUCCGUCUAAGCGCCACCAGGCUUAUACCUGACCAUUGCCUGCCGGAAUCCACGGUCGGCCCUGCUUUGGAGGAACCCGUCCCCCAGACCAUUGGUCGAAACCUGUGAAUGGGGAUUACGGUAUAGGGUCUGACGCUAAUGAAACCUCUUCUUAGACAGCCUAGGUAUAUAUGUUUUCUUUUAAUUCAUCGAACAACAAACAGUUUGGUCAAAUACAGUCAUCAUCAUCCGGCAUUGAAUCUGAAGAAGCUCUCCAUUAACGGAGAUACCAUACAAA